GAGGGGACACAGCUCUCCAUGUGGCUGCUGCUCUGAACCAUAAGAAGACAGUUCAGCUCCUACUGGAGGCAGGGACUGAUGGGACAAUCAGAAACUAUGCAGGUAAAACAGCCCUUGACAAGGCCAGAGAUAACAACCACAAAGAUGUGGCACUUCUCCUGGCCAGAGCUCCUCAGGUUCAUCGCUUCAUGCGAGGAAGAACAAUAAGGAAACGAAGAGAGAGACUGACAGCUGAGCGCCGGACCCAGUCUGUCACCAGGGUAGACAUUCUACCAAACAAAGUAAGGAAAUACAAAAAAAGUCAGUCUUUAUAGCACAUGGAGGUAAGAGGAUUAGUUAGUCGCAUUAGGUCAGAUCUUUAAAAUUUAGCUUUUGCUAUAAUUGUUUCACUGAAUACAGUUUUUAUUUUGCAUUUGACUUGAAUUCCAUGCUGUACGUCCUGUCUAUGUGUCCGGAGGAGGACAGCAGUUCUGUGGCGGAGGAAACCCGCAGCAGUGAACACACAGAGAGCAGAACUGCCGUCAAGGUGGGUCCUCACCAACAGCAGAAGCAGCAGCAGCAGCAUUAUCACAAGAUCCCAGCGGCCACCAGCAGCCCCUACAGCCACCAUAAGCGGAGAGCCAAGGAACAGGCUUGGAAUGGAGAUGAUCUGAGAAAAGGCAAGAAUGACCUCAACAUUAAGUGGGAUCUGCUCUGUGAUAAUGGUGAAGACAGUCCUGCUAAGAAUGGAAAAACCUAUCAACUUUACACACUGUACCGUGAUAAGGAUGGCAACAUUAGACAGGCACCAGCCAAUGGAUGCCAUUGUAGGCCCCUGCUCAAGAAGCUGGAGGGCCAACUGCAAUUCACACAGGAGGAGAUGAGGCUGCACAUCCUGAACGUCCAGGAGCAAGUCAACAGUAGGCUGGGCCAAAUGGACCGCAGGAACAGACACCAGAUUAAAGUGUUGGACAUGCUGAAUCAGGAAAGAACAGCAGCAGAGAGGAAGAACAUCAUGUACAGGACCGAGCAGAGAAUUGCCCAGGGAAGAGAGAAAACCCUGAUGACACAGGCAGCGGUGAGUAAUGAAUUGAAGAGGUGGUGUAUGUCCCAGCUGAAGGACAUGGAUGUUCAUGUUCCAGCCAAAGCACAGUAUUACAAACUCCUCCCUUCACCGUCUGUGGAGCAGUCUGUGGCAGACACUGACCUGGAGUCACUCCCCUUGCUUUCUGUGGUAUCUGGAGACAGCAGCACUUCACUGGCUACCUAUGUCAACAUCUUGCCAUCCAAAUCUACCAACAGUCUGGGAGGCCCCAAGCAAGAGCAGCUGGGGAGCAGGACAUACUUUGAAAUGAAAGUGGACAGGUCACCAGAUGACUAUGAGAACACAGCCCUGUUCCCUCUGCCCGCCAAAACCACCUCAGACCUCCUGCUGGGCUCGGGAGUGAAAGACAGUCCCACAGGAGCAAUGGUGCCACUGUGUGGGGAGGGCUUCUCAAGCAGCUGCAGUCAGUCCAGCAUCAGUGACCCGGGACCCAGACUCAUCCAACAUCAGGAACAAUACAGGACACACUAUGGAGAGCUGAUGAGCACCCACAACCAUGCAGGGAUACAAACUGAGAGCACCAGGACUCUGGAGUUCUUUAUCGACCGUCCCAUUGAGCCCACAUUUAGCCAAGAGAGGAACAAUCUGCAUGCCAAAGAGGUGACUCAGCGUUUCUUUGAGACGGUAUCGACUCAGCUGGAGCGUUGGUAUGAGAGGAAGCUCAUGGAGGUGGAGCAUCAGACGCAGCUGAGAGCCCAGCAGGACAGGAAGGAGCUACAGCAGCGAAUAAGCGCGCUGGAGGAGGAGCUUCAGAAGCUGAAGACCAAUGAGAAUGCAGAAAACUCAGACGCAAUUAAUACUGGAGGAGACUAAUAGAGAAUUUCUCACUUUUGCUUUAAUAUUUAAAAACUCAUAUCACCUUAAUUUACAGCAGGCGGCAAAAAGAGAAAAUGAGAAAGUCAAAGUCUUGAUGUCUACAGAAAUAUUCAUAAGUUACUCAUACUUUAAGGGUGGCAGAAAAAUAUGCUGAUUUAUUCACAGACCAUCACAUUUAUCAAUAUUUGCUUGGAAAAUCCCCCAAAUGAAGAUAUUUCAACUCAAAAAACAUUAUUGUGGCGGAUUAAUAAAACACUGGAUAGAAAUAUCUAAAGGUGGAAUUAGUAAUCAAUAAACUAUUUCCAAAUCUUCAGACAUUUAUACAUCAAUGAUUCUAAAAUAUGGCCAUAACAGAUAGAUAUUACAUUAAUUUCCAUUACUGUUUUUAACACUUAUUUUUAAAAUCAAUUUAAAUUAAUGUGUUAAUGUUUAACAGCAUUUGACACCAAACUGGGGUGGCAGCUGGGGGGGCAGGCAUUUUUUAGUGGUGGCAGCAGCCAUCUCUCUUGAUCUUCCCCUAAAAGUUGUAAAAAACAACCAAAUAAAUAAGAAGUGCAUACAUAGAUACAAUAAUUCAUACUGUCUAUAAAAUCUAUACAUAAAGAAAAGCAUUGCUAGAUUAUGAAGGACAGUUGUUUACUGAAUAAUAGCUUGUCAAACAGUUUACAUUUGUUACUAUUUAAUUAAGUUAUGGUAACAAAGUGUUGUAAAGUUCAUAAUGUUACAAACUGAGAGAGGAGGAGUUUUAUUUGUAAUGUUUACUUAUUACAGAUUACCUUUACAAUUGAUAAGUCACAUUUUUCAAUGUGCAGCCAAAACACUUGAACACAUCACAGGAUAAACUCUUCACAACACUGACAUCUGUCCCCUAACAGUACCACUUUGUCACUCAUUUCAGUAUUGACCAUAAAAACCACUAACAACAAGUAGCAUUACAAUCGCUGCCACUACUAUCUUCAUAAAAGUAUUUAAUAAUUUAGCCAAUGUAUUUAUUGUUUUGUUAAAAGAGGGUGAAUAAUAUAAGGGACUCUAUUGUUACAUAUGUAUAUAGAGAACCUAGCAGGAAAACUAACUGACUCUCUAAGGAGGUAUAUGGAAAUUAUAGAUGUGGUCAGUGUCAGUUAUGAUAUUUCAGUAAUAAUAUUACUUCCCCCAGUAACUAGUAGGGUAGCUAAUUACUAAUACAUUUCAUUAAUAUUACAGUUACCCCCUCAGAAAAUAUUAGUUACCAGACAAAGCGUAAUCUUAAACUGAGAAUAGCUGAACAUAAAGCAGCUAUAAGAAAUCAAAAUAAAGAUUAAGCUAUAUACCUUAUUAAGGUAUAUUUAAUAUUUAUUCUAUAAAUACAUUCACCUCCUGCUACUUCUGAUAUGUACUAUUGUUUAUUUUGUAUAGUACCCUCUUUCUUCUAAUAUAUUUCUUGUAUUUUUUCUACCUUUUUGUACUUGUUUUUGAUACAUAUCUUAAUUUGAGGAAAUUCAAGUGUUUUGUGCUCAAUUAUGGUAUCUUAUUGAAAUGUAUGCAUUCUGCAUCUGGAAUUGUCAGCUUUUGUACUCUGACACUAACUGCAGCUUAUAGUCUUAUGGAAAUAGAAUACAAUAUUUGUGUAAUGUUGUGUGAUAGAAUUAUAGUUGCUAUUGCGUAUUAUUGUAGAUGUUUUGAAGUGCAUUUGUUUUGGGGAAUGUGAGCCUGUUGGU